AUGGGAAGGUCGGAAAGGGAAGGGAGGUGUAACAGGCAUCCGACCCACAAGCACUCCGAUGGCGUCUGCCCAUAUUGUCUUCGCGAUAGACUCACAAAUUUCUCAAGAUCGUCUUCCUCAUCCACCAACAACGCUGCUUCUUCCACUGUCUCCUCCACCGCUUAUUACUCUUCCUCUGAUUCCGAAGCCUCUUCCUUGGAUUUCUCUCCGCCGCAUGAGGAACUCAACGCUAAGAAUAUACUGGAGCUGUUUAAGAACGGUAGAAUGGAUAUGUUGAGGAAGAGCAAGUCGAUUGCUUUGUACAAGGAAGGAGAGCCGAUGGAGGAGCAGGAGAAGAAGAGUGGCAAGAGAAAGGCCGGGUUUUUGGCUAAGUUGGUGAUGGGAGGAGGGAGGAGGAAGCAGAGGGAAGGUGGGUUGUCUCAUUCAAAAACUAUGAAGGAGAAGCCUUCUUCCAAGUGGAACUUCUUCUCUUAA